AUGAUCCGGAUGUUGAAGGACAAGCUGGACAAGACACAAGUCUUCAGCCAUAUUAUGGUGUUAAAAGACGGUGAUGACGGCGGUGUAGAAGCAGCACAGCGACACCAAGAAGUUCAACCAGCCCCACCAGCUUGCCGACUUUGCCGUGAAGAAGCGAGGAUUAUGACGCGAAAGGGACAGCGGAAGGGCCAUCGGCAGAGGCCCAGGCAGAAGCUGCUGCUCCCCAGGGUUGAGCAGCAGCAGGCGCAACAACCCCAGCAAGUCCAACGCGAUGCUCCUCCUGUGGCCGUAGCUGCCGCGCCGGUUCCCUCGCAGCUGAAGCUCAAGCUCGACGGCGGCUUCAACACGUUCCAGGCCAGCUACCCAGAGCUGUGCGAGAGCUCGGCGCUGCCGGUUGCAGGCCAAAUGGCCACGACCCCAUUCGGAAGUGGCCUAUCCUCACGAGCCUCUCUCUCGCAGCCCUGUCUCCCCCAGGGCCAAGAUGGGCCCACGCAAAUUUUGCCGUUCCUCUACCUCGGCUCCCAGCACGACGCGCUCAGCCACGACACGCUCAAGAAGCACAACAUCACCUACGUGCUGAACCUGUCGCUGAACUGCCCGAAGGCGGACAUCCUCAAGGAUGAUGAGCACUUUUUGCGGAUACCCGUCAACGACAACUAUCAGGAGAAACUGCUGCCAUAUUUCUAUGAUGCUUUUGUGUAUCUUGAUAAAGUACGUGAACGCGGCGAGGUCGUGCUCAUCCACUGCCUAGCCGGGAUCUCGAGGAGUCCGACUCUCGCUAUUUCUUAUAUUAUGCGCCAUUUGAAGAUGGGAUCCGAUGAGGCGUACAGAUUCGUCAAAGCCCGCCGGCGCACCAUCUCCCCCAACUUCAACUUCAUGGGGCAACUCCUCGAGUACGAGCGGAUACUCGUAGAUGAGGGAAUCCUCAAAGAAAAAGACGCCCGAUCUCCCUCCACCUCAUCCGGAACCUCUUCCGGCCCCUCCCUCUCCCCUUCUCCCUUCAACGAUAAGCAGGACUUUUGCCCGGCAAAGGUCCCAAAAAGUUGCUCCUCCAUCGCGUUGUUCCACUCCUUGCCCUCCUCGCUGUCGGGCUGCCCCUCUACCGAGGAGACCCUGCCCCCGAAUGAGCACGGAAAAAGGAGCAUCGCCUCGAUUCCGGCGUUGGAGCGGCCGUGUGCGCUGGAAGGAGCAUCAGUUGCUGCGGCUCCGGCGAGGCCGAUGGCGCUCGGUUUGAAGAGUCGAAGGCCGGUGGUGAUCCCGCAGGUGCUGGGGGAGGAGCUGCCGUCUCCAUCCUCAGAACUGUCGAAGCUGUCGUUCGCCUCGGCCGCGAAUCCCUGCUUUGUGCCGUCGCAGCCGAUGGCGCCGGCAAGGCCACAGUUGGCUCAACUUGAAGGCGGUCACCUCGAGAACCCAAUGUUCUCCGCGGCCGGCUGCAGCUCAAUGGUCCCCUCAAUCCCUGGCCCUCCGGUCCCGCAACGACAAUUCGUGGCCCCUCUGGCCCAGGCGGCCCCAAACGAUCUGCCGGCCCCUCAGCCAGAGCCAGAAGUCCCGGCUGAGAAGCCGGAAAAGGAGCCGAAGGAGUUCAAGCUGUUCCCCAUGUUCAGCCGGAAAAACCUGCGGUUGCCCACGUUCAACAUGUUUCAGCACUUUAAAAAGCAAAGCGAUACCGAGGAUAUCCCACGGUCACGGACGGCUGAUGCCGGACUUGCCUUCUACGCGCAACGCCCAGACAACCUAUCCGACGCCGGAGUGAUCCGGGAAGGGGAAUGCCCGAAACAACGGCGGAAAGGCGGCAAGAAGUGCGGCAAUGGCGUCCCUACCGAUUCGCCUGAAUCCGGCUUCCAAGAUGGAUAUAAAACGACGCCGGAGCAAGACCCGGAUCGCACGUCGAUCGGCUCGGCGUCAAGCCUCGAGAUUGCCGUCCAA